CUCUAAUUUACACAUUCACAAUCACUUGUAAAUUUCAAGCAAAAAUUUUUUUGGGUAAAAAAGUAGGAGAUUGCCAAAAGAUGACGAUGACUUUAAUAGAAAAUGAGUCAAAAAUAUAUAUAGUGAAUCAUUAAUAUUUAUUUUUAGUAAAUUAAAUUGUCGAUAUUAAUGGGAUGCUAACAACAAGGUUACAUUAGAAGCUUAUGUAAUAUUCAGAAGUUAAAUAUUCAGGCCUUCUCAAUUUAAAACAUAUUACUACGAUGUGAUACUACCAUAGCAACUGUCACGUGUUAGUUAAACAACGUGUCAGAGUUCAAGCAUUAGAGCUUAGUGAUAUGGAGAUAUUACAUAAAUUCAAACAAAAUGGUUAUUUUACAGCAGAUUUAUAUCACCUGCUCGCGAAGAAGAGGAUCUCAGAUCCGUCUGAGGAGAUCACACCUUCGGAAUAUGAAAAGGAGAUGAGAAUGAGCACAGCAGAGCGCUUAAAAAGCUUGAAUACGGUUAACGUUGAUAACAUUGUCUCUACAACGAAGAAUAGGAAAGCAGUUCUAUCAUUUACCCCCAAGCUGAUUGUCUUCCAGAAUUUUAAGCCAAACGAUAAUAUUGUCGCCAAAUUCUCAGUAAAAAACAUAAGCAAGAGUCCUGUUUAUUUGAACAUGGUGUAUAAGGAAUCGUCGUAUUUUUUUAUAAAACCUUGCGGGGGGCAGCUUUUGUCGCGCUUAGCGCCGGGGAUCAGCGUGUCCUUCGCUAUUACCUUCCAACCCGUGCAGUAUGAGGACUACACACAUAGAGUCACGUUUUAUACUGAUCUCGAUCAGUAUGUUCUGCCAAUUAUCGCUAUGGGUCCCCGUCCGGUGUUUAAUUUUCCAGAUGAAAUUGUUAUACCUAAAAUACCACUGAAGAUAGAAAAUCAUAUCAUAUUUCCUGUUCAUAAUGUUGGAAUGAUUCAUGCUGGAUUCACAUUAACAGCAAGAUGCCCUUUCUCUGUACAACCUAAAUCGGGAUAUCUUAAUCCUAACCAGAAAAUUGAUAUCACGGUCGGCUUUAAGAGUAUGCAUCUUGGUGAAAGAGUUGGGAUAAUGAAUGCAACAUUUGAAACGGGUGAGAAUUUUUGUAUUAAGUUAGUGGGAGUCACCCACACAGUGAAUAUACAGUUGGAGAAGGCAGUGGUCCGUUUUUUGGACACAUACAACACCAUGGUGCGACAACAAUCGUUUAAGAUUACGAACAAAUCCGAUCACAUCAUAAGCUAUAUGUGUAUGAAAAAUAGUUGCGUUAUAGGAGAUUUUGAAAAUAAAGUAAAGCUAGCAACGGUUUUCUACGACUUGAAGGAAAACGAAUCUAAAAAAUCCAAUAAGAUGGUGUACUAUGAUGUCCUUAGCAGCGAGGAACACGAACGAGUCUAUACGAGAGUUUUUUUCGAUGAAAUGCAGGCUCUUGUGGCUGACGAAUCUUUACAUUUUCAAGAUACACACUUUUCAAUAUCACCUAUAGAAGGUAAUUUGUGGCCAAAUAAAACGACGGAAUUGACUAUUACGUUUGCUCCAAAACAAAUAGGAGAAUUCGAGGCGAUCGUUUUUUUAGACAUAGAUGGUGUUGUUGAACGAGUACCUUUGAAAAUGGUCGGAACGUCCCUACCGCCACUCAUCAACUUGAAUUUGGAGACAUUGGACAUGGAUCGAGUUUAUAUUAAUAAAACUUACAAUUAUGAAAUCGUUGCUAUGAAUAAAGGUCACAUAAAUGGAGUGAUCGUAUAUAAAGAAUUACCACCAUUAUUCGGCAGUAUCAUUACAUGCACUCCGCAGAUGCACUGCAUGAGACCGGGCGACAUAGAGAAAUUUAUCAUUUCAUUUUGCAAUUCAAAUCAAGGGCCAUUUUUUGAAGAGAUAAAUUUUGCGAUCCGAGAAACAAAUGUCAUCCUAAAAGUUUAUUUAAAGGGUGUGGUUAUUUAUCCAUCAUUGAUGUUUAGCAUGCCUUGCCUUGAUUUUGGGAUGGUUAGUCUAGGUAUAUCAAAAACUUUGGAAGUAGAGGUGAUUAAUGAGUCCGUAGUCCAUGUGGACGCUAACGUGAAGAUAUCUUCUGAUGGGCCGGAGAUAAGCAGCAUAACCUUGAUUGACUAUUCCGUUGCUGAUAAACCAAAACCGAAAAUCCCCCAAUGGCCGCGAGAAUUUCACAUCGAACCUCAGAAGAUUCAUAUAUUACCAGAAUCCAGAGUAUCUAUUAAAGUAAAACUGACAGCAAACUUAAUACGUGCUAACCAGACGUCACUGGAGUUGGAACUUGAUAAAUCAGAUAGUCCACCUAUAGUUUUGCCAGUAACAUUCAACGCUAUGGUACCUAUCAUUACCCCUGUGCCGGAUAUUAAACUCCGAGCCUGUUUCCUAGAUUUCCCUUACAAACAAGAGAUUCAUGUCUUCUGCAGCGAUUUUUGGGGAUACUUUUCUUUAGUGGAACCUGAGAUUGAAUCGACGUUAGAAGUGGAUGUAGAUGUCAAGGAAGGAAUUAUAAAACCAAAUAGUGUUUUAAUACUACCCGUCACUAUAAAAACUAGUGUCCUGGGGGUCCAGGAGUAUUCGAUUAAACUAAGUCUCUUCGGUUUGUCUAAACCAGUUGAAAUAUGUCAUAUAACUGGUUGUGGAGUGAGACCCAUAGUGACUUGCAAUCCCAUGGCUCUACACUGGGGGCAGGUUAAGCUGUUGUCAAAGACUCAUAAGACCCUCGUACUAUGCAACGAUUCACCUGUCAUUGUUAACUUUAAAGUGUCUUUGUUAAAUCGAGAUGGAAGAUGGCAUAUUUACCCAACAGAAGGUCAUAUAUUACCAGAAUCGGAAUCUGAACUAUCUGUUAGUUUAUAUUUGAUUGACGCUGACAGUUAUACGAACAAAGCUGUAAUACAGCUGGAAAAAGUAAAAGAUAUAUUGGUUCCAUUAUCUGCUACUGGAAUAGGAACCAGCAUUUUGGUUGGCGAACUACGGGAUAGAGUUAUUUUGGGUCGGCAUUUUACUAAAAUACCACUCCAAUGUAAAGUAAUAAUGGAGAAUUGCGGAACUCGCAUGCAUGCCCUGGAGUGGAGCGAACAUUACAAAGCGCCUAAAACAAAGCAAAACACAACGGGGUUCUUUAAUUUAGAACCGAGGGUGUUUAAAAUGGCAGCGGGAGAAAAAUUAGAAUUGAAUAUAACGGGACUUUCCUACAAGACCACAACGGUAAAAGAAAUGUGGUACUUGGUCGGAAGUGUGGAGGGAAUAAAUAAAAAAGAGUUGUUACUUGAGUGUCAAAUUGUGGCGGAAUUCGUAGACCCUAAAAUAGAGGUGUCCUCUUCUUCCAUAGAAUUUCAAUAUGACUAUGGACCAUAUAGCGAGUAUUACAAAUUGACAGAUCUGGUUACAAUUAAAAAUGUUUCCAAGUUACCACUCGAUUUCGAAAUAAAUGUCAAACCACCGUUUGCUAUAAUUCAAAAGACUAGUUCGUAUAAAAUACUGCCUGCCGAAGAAAACUUGUGCGGGUGUAUAUGGUACAGGGAAUCUGACCUCAAUAUAAACAAUAUUAUUAACGAAAAUGGACAGCAAUCAAAAGUGUUUAUAGAUUACUUGACUUUGAAACCCGUUAAUCCCCUGAGAAAAGGUCCACUGCAUUUUUUCCAAGAUAUCAAUAAGAUAAAAGGGGCUUUUAAUCUUACACAUUUAGUUGAAGAAAGAUUGGAAGAUCAAGAUAUUAUGAAAAUACAAAUUUUAUUCGACACCACUAAACAUACGUCACUGAAAUCCAGAGUUUAUUGUGAUUUAAUGCGUUUGAAAUUCAAGGGACAUAAAAAUAAGGAUGCAAUCAAACUUGUUGGAAAAAUAAACUUCCCGAAUAUAUUUGUUUUAUCUCCACGAGUUGAUUUCCAGUACGUUUUGAAUGGACGUAUCGAGAGUAGAACUAUAAAAAUUCAAAAUACAACACCUCUUAUGGUGUGCUAUAGGUUCAAUUGGAAGAAAUGUACAAUAAGUCACAUAGUGCCGGACGAGGGGUUAAAAGAGGAGUUAGAUAGUAAAAUCACUCUGUAUCACCAAGAAUCAACAACAGAAACUACACAGUAUAGUGGCGCCGAGGAAUUGCAUGAAAUACUGCCUUGCCGAACCGCUGCUGAAGCUUUGUUUAUUGAUGAUGAACUGGAUCAAAGUCAUGCUCAAGAUGUAAUAUUAUCAUAUAAACAAGAAGUAAAAGCUACUCAUACGACAAGUUCACAGAGUCUGACAGCAGAGGAUCCUGAAUUAAUUAAUUAUAAAAUAAUGCAAAAAAUAGCCCCCAUGUUGGACAUGGAAUGUGAUGGUGAAUUUGAAUGGUCAUACAAAUUUUUAAAACUGAAUAGAAAGCAAAACGUGUCGAUAAACGAUUUAUUCUACUUAAUCCCCUUUUCCGGAUUAUUAAAACCUAAUGAAGUUCAAAAUGUUAACAUUAUGUUCAGGCCCAAAACUGAUAUUAGCGUCAGAGCUACAUUAGAGUGCGAGGUUUUGGGAGGGCCUCCAGAAACAAUAAUAGUCACUGGUCAAAGUUCAAAUUUACUAUACAAAAUAAACACACAGCGAAUAAAUUUUAAAAUACGUUCAUUUCACGAGAAUGCAACGGAACAGCUGUUGAUUUCAAACAUAUCCCAACUACCCUUUGAAUAUACAACUUAUCUUAACGAACCUGAAUUCGAAAAUGAUUUGCCUGGAAGAAUUCUCAAUUUAAUUCCAUGUCAGAAAGUUUUGGAACCGGAAGAGCAAAUAGAAAUGAAAGUUGAAAUGCGACCUGGCGUUAUGGGUUACUUUCAGACUAAAUUCCUUCUAGAGAUUGGACAUCUUCCUUUGUUGCACAUAGAGGUGUUCGGAUGGGGUGUUAUUCCACAAGUUUAUUUUUGUCUACCAAGGCCGGACAUAUUUAAACUUGACGAACAAGUCGGAUACCACGCAAUUCCAAAGCUAACAACAGAAUAUUUACAAGCUGUUAGCGAAAUAUUUGCCGUUGGCACAUCUGAGCAUUUAAAUUCUCCAUUGACGGAAAAAUGCUUUGAAGAUCCCACUUUACAACAUGAUUGGCAUAUAUGUUCUUCUUGGGAUCUCUAUCCUUCGAUAAUGGAUAUUGAAUUAGCUAUAGAAAGACAGUUGAUAAUUGAUCACAUAAAAUUACGACCAGACAUAUUGACAUCGUAUUUUACAACAGGAAAAAUGGGACCUAUUCCAGGCUUCCUUACAGUUCCAUAUGUUAUCGAUUUUGGUGUUGUUAUAACGGGAAGUACUAUACAAUGCUCAGUUGAGAUAAUAAACUAUGGUCCAAUUGUAUCAAAGUUACACUUUGCUAAAGGCACUAACAUACCGACUUGGUUGAGUUUGAAAUUGUGUGGAAAAUUGAAUCCAGGUGAAAAAGGGAAACUCGAGGUUUCUUUUGCACCGACUUCAACAGAUUUUACCGAACUCGAACAGAACGUGGAAACGUCGUUUAAUAUAGAGGUUCCGUGCGGAGUCAUAAUACCUAUACAUAUAACAGCGCUCUGUGCUGUACCGUAUUUAGUUUCAAAUAUUAAAGAAAUUGAUUUCGGAUCCGUCAGAUGCGGUGACAAAAUAACAUGCUCAAUUCCUCUUAAAAACAUUGGGAAACCAGCUUGCAUUUGGUUCGUUACGUUGAAAUUAAGAUCUCCAGGUUCGAGUCCCAUGACAAUAUUGGACAGUUCAGGAAAAUAUGAACCAGGCGAAGGAGGCUGGCUGAGUGUUGCUUUUAAGCCUACUAUUGAAAUGGUGUAUGAGGGUCUGCUAAUAUUUAAAUAUCAUAUGAAUCCAAAUAGAAUGACGAUACCCAUAACUGGUAAAGGGAUUAUGCCUCAAGUACAUAUCAUCGGUCCAAAUGUAGCGUUUCCACCAACUCUGCCCUGGUCGGAAACUUCGGAUAUUUAUUUCGGACUUACAAAUCCAUGCCCGUUUCCGGUUGAAUUAAUUAUAGCACAUAGCGAUAAAAUGUGGCAGCAAGAGGAGGAAAUUUAUCAACUUUUAUACAAAUAUUAUAACAAACCUGAUGAAAUGUUAGUUCCUUCUAUAGAACCCGGCACAGGGUUUCCAUUUGAAGUAACAAAUUUUUAUACAAAGUUCAAAGAAACGGUUAAAAGGUAUCAGGAUGAAGAGAUUCAAGGUGCAAAAGUCACAACAUCACGCUCAGUUGCAUCUUCAAAAAAACUCAAAAGUCCUAAAAAUCCAACUAAAUCUUCGUCUGUAAAAGAAUCUACUUCUGUUAAGAAAGUUAGAAAUGAAGCAGAGAUAAUAUCAGAUGUCAUCAAGGAAUUUAAGGAGAAGAAUAUGGAUCCAUUAAAAGAGAGCCUCUGUGUAUAUGAUACUGUUUCAACAGAAACCGGAACCGAAAAAUAUUCCAACGGGAUAUUAAUUUUUGUUCAUGGAUCCCCUUGUGAAGGCAAUUUAAUUAAAAUAUAUGUGAAUCCGAUAUUAUUUGCUGCAUUAAUUAUCGCAUCCUUAAAAAUUUCAACAGAAGUCCAAUGUCAGGAAAUGGCGUAUUCUCUUGGAAAAGCUCUUCAAUUACCUACAAUCAACAUUGAUUUGUGUAUCGUAGAAGCUUUAUGUGUCUGUACGUGUCCAGCAAAAAUAUUAAUCACCAGUGCAAUUGAGGAAAUGUAUGCUAUUUACCGAAAAGGUGCGUCAAACAAAACCGGCUCUGAAGAAGAUGAAAAUGUUGAUGAAAUUUCAUCUGAGGAAGUUGAGGACAAGUUUGACAUUAUGUUGAAAAAGAUUGAGUAUUUGGCGAUUAAUAAAAAUGUAGGCACACCAAAAUCUAAACUUGGUGAUAAGAAGAAGAAAAAGUCUCCUACAUCUUCAGUAGCAUCACAAUCAGCCCUUGGAGCGAUAGGUUCAACGACUAUGUUUCAAAUGGAUUUGAUGCUAGAACUCCUAACGGAAUUUUUCAAAUUGCCCAAAUUUGACCGAGGCUUCAUUGUGGAUACCUUGACGAGCGAAAUCUUAAAAAAUCCUCCCCUAGCACUAUCAACAAUUAUUAAAGCAAAACACACAAUAUGGAACGUUCAUUUGGUUCUGUGUCAAUCCGAUUUCAAUAAAUGGGUCCAGUCUUACGAGGAAGCUCAGCGAGAAAUAGAUCAGAUAGACGAGAACACACCCAAAGAAUACGACGAAACUGAAAUAGCAAACAUCAUUGAAUCUUUUGAAGCGAUGGAAAGCGAAGAAUACGAGAACGCCGACCCGGAAUUAAAAGCAAUUUAUAUAAGUUAUGGCUUAGAGAAUAGACGUAAAAAUCAUUUAGAAAAAGUUGGGUACAGAAAAGAUUCUGUUGCAAAAUUGAAGAGUGCGAAAGAUCACAGUAAGUCAAUACUGGUUAUCGAGAAAUCUGAGUCCAAGAAAAAAAUUAAGAAAGAGGAAAUGAAAGCAAAACCUACUAGUGAAUACUUGAUAAUGAACACAAAAUACAACGAAUAUUUAAAGAAUACUUUCGAAAACUUGAUUAAUAUAGCGAAUAACUGGGUAUUCGAAGAGGAAGAUGUUGGUUUUCCUUUGUACGGAUUUAAUGGACAAGUAAUAAAUGCCGCACAGAAAAAGGCUAAGAAAAAGUCUGAUGUACAAAUCCAAAUGUCAGAAGUGAGUUUUUCUGAACGAGGUUUUCCAUUGACAAUAAUAACGUGUCCAUGUCUUCGCUAUAAAAAAGUUUUAGUACAUAAGUUUGCAACAUCAACCCUUAUUCAAGAAGCCUUAAGGGAAGAAGAGAAGUAUGACGUACUUAAGUGUCCUAUUGACAAAAAGUCUUAUACAGUACUCCUUCCUAAAACGUUUCCCAGUAUAAAUCACGAAGAACCUUUGGAAUGGAAAUAUUUGGACGAACCUCCUAUAAAAAAAUGUGAAUGUAAUCAAUUAAAUGACUUAAACCUGUUGGACGAUACUAGUCAAGAUAAUGUUUUGAAUAUACUUAGCAAAUGGAACUGCACAUGUGGUAAAAAGGUAACAUCUUCCCAAACUUCUACCAGUGAAAUACCAGUUGCCUCUCUCGAAAAAGUUAUGGGGAAUGAAAGUGAAACUGAAGUCACAUACCCCUUACCAUUACGUACUGUGAAGUCAUUGACGGAUAUCAAUACUAGAAUCGUUUUACAUCCCGGAGAUCUAGUAAGAUGCAAGUAUUCCUUUAGUCCUAAAGUUGAAGGAAACUUCAGUGUCAAAAGAUUCGUGGAAGUCAGUGGCUGGCCUGAAUCGCGGGUAGACAUAAACGUGUCUGGGAUAUGUGACCUACCGAGAUUAGAUAGUCGCCCUAAGAAAAUGUUUGAAAACUUCGUAAGAAGAACGCUGGAAGAUCAAGUUUAUAAAGUUACUUAUUUGGACGAUCAGAAACUCUUUGAAUUUGGACCAAUAUUUGUAGGAAUGAACAGGAUUUAUGAAGAAAAGUAUACCAUCGACAUCAGAAACUCUUCUUUGAUAACGACGGACAUCGAAGUAGAAUUUCUAGAAGAAACAUCAGUUUUCAUAAUUGAUAAAACUACGCUGAUACUGGAGCCUGGCUGUAGAGGUAAACUAGAGGUAUCUGCAGCGCCAACAGAAGUGGGAGUGCAUACCAGUGUGUUGAUGUUCUGCGUCAAAGACAAUCCCGAAAUCGUGACUGUUACAGUAGCUUGUAGAGGAGUUGUACCUAUCGUUGAAAUUCUUCCAUUGACGAAAAUGAUAGAAUAUGGAAAACAUUUACUCUAUCGACGUGAAGACGACAGGUUUAUAGUGAAAAAUGAUUCUAUCUUGCCUAUAAAAUGGCAAAUACGAAAUGCGUCGGAAUUUGUAGAGGAUUUUAUAAUAUCUGAAUCAUCAGGCGUAGUGUUACGUCAUGACAACCAAGUUGUGCCCGUGACAUACAUUGCUUGCAGGGUUGGAGUUGUAUCAAAUAAGGCAUUGACAAUCGAUAUAUACGAUGCAGAGGGUCGUGGAGAGCCAAUGUUAACAGAUGUUUUAUUCUUAUCUGCGGAGUGUUACGACGUUAUGGUAGAUUGUGCGUAUGAAAAUCCCAGCGAAAAUUUUUUGAACUACGGAAACGUCAAAGUGAAUUCAACAGUUUAUCGAGAAAUGUAUUUACUAAAUCGUGGAAAAUACAAUGUUUAUUACAAGCUUAAAAAGGUAAAGAAUUUUCCUGAACCCUCGUUGCUCCGAUCUUUUGAAGCGAUUCAAGAGUGUGGAGUUGUGCCACCGACAUUAAAAUUAGUUAUCAUAGAGUUUGAAUGUACGCCCACAACUUCCAUGAAUUUGGUCAACGUUCCGGCUUAUAUUUGCUCUAUUUUAGAUGGUAGUAAAAACCAGGUGGUUGUAGCAAAGUUUCCCGUGUGCAUAUCAAUUGCUUCAUUUUAUAAUACUUUCACAUUAUUCCCUUUGGGGGAGCUAAAUUUUCAUAUUAUUGCUGUUGGGAGCGGUGUCAUGCGGGAUGUCAUUUUAAACAAUACGAGUAAAUGCCCUGUAACCUAUGAAAUAGUCUUACCUCCGAAGUAUCAACCGCAUCCUGAAGACCCACAACCUCAGAUGAAAUUGAAAGACAAUAAGUUGAAAAACCCUCCAUUAAAAUGUGGAAACUUUCUUAUUCUAAACGAUGACAAUCUACUGGCUCCUGGUACGAGUAGGACGCUUCAAAUUCAAUUCCUUGCUACCGCUGCGAAGACCUUUGAAGAGACGAUACAUUUUAUAAUCAGCGACACUUGUCCUGCCGAAGCUCAAGGUGUUCCGUUGAAACUAGUUGGAACCGGAGCAAUGCCGACGCUUGAUUUCUGGAACUUAGAAACGACGUUUCGCGAACACCUCAUUGUUAAAAACUUGUCUGACUAUAAAGUGCAUGAGUCAUCACCUCAUUGCGUAUUUGUUGAAGAUUCUGUCACACUGCACUUUUUCGCCGUUAAUGUAAAUUCGAGCUAUGUUGCAAUUGUCGACCUUUACAAUAGCGGACUCGUGGCUUGUGCAUUAACAAUGAAGCUGCACUAUCAGUCUAAUACAGAACAUAGUAUAUUUUCACUGGACAAGUACCAGACUCAUAUAGAACCAUUGUUACAUAAAAACCUGGGCAUUAUUUUUAGCCCAAAAGCUCUUGAGGAAUACAGAGCUGUUUUAGAGAUAAGACUUAAAUUGCUUCAGAAUCAAGAGCAAUCUUUUAAGAUUUGUUUAAUCGGUGAAGGUGUUAUACCAAGAAUAUUUUUAAUAUCUCCGCCUUUGAAACAUCAAAGGAUUGCUCUAUUACAUUUUCCCGUUACCUGUUUGGGGUCAAUGACAAGUAAAAAGAUUCGUUUUAAAAAUGUCAGCUCAGUACAAACCAUAGUAGUCGCUGAAGUUCAAUUUUCAAAGAAAGAAGAGCGACCAGUUUUCUGGCUCACCUCAGCUAGCGACAGUGAACAUAUGAUUAUUUAUGGCAAUAAUGAUGACAUGAAUAUAGUAAUGAAAUUGAUGCUUAAGCCAAACGAAAUAGCCACGCUUUAUGUUUAUUAUAAUCCUAUCAGGAGAGGAAGAAUUUCAUGUGACGUAAAAUUAACGAUCGUCGAAAAUCCAUACGAACAUUUUACGGUACUCUGCGAAGCCGAGGCGUUUAUGGAGGAUGUAAUUUUGACCGGUUUAGAAAUGCUGUUCAUGGAUAUCGAUCUGGAUGUAUUCAAAGGAUCCGGUGAAGGAACUUUAUCGACGGUGUCAACGCUCGAUAGUAGAAAGAAAAGUAAAAGUGCAACUAUAGAGAGAAGGAAAUCUAGAGCGUCAGAAAUAAAAAAGAGUAAGAGGAUAUCUCAGGCCUCGGUAAAAAUGAGCGAUACAACCAGUAGCGCUGAGCAUUCCAUUCUCAAAUACAUUUUAAAUUUUGGCGGCUGCGAGCUAGCUGUGAUGCACAGAAGAACAGUGAUAAUGGUUAAUAAUUCAGAAAAGGUAUACAGAUUUAAGUGGGGUGAAUUGGAAAAUAUUGUUGUUAAGCCAUCGGUCGGAUACAUUUCGCCCGCAGAGGAAAAGGAUAUAGAAAUAGUUUUUUUCUCUAUACAACCUAUCGUCAUAAAGAAGGAAUUAUUGUAUUUGACAUUGACGGCUAUAAGUGACGACUUUUUAACACUUGAUAUGAAAGCCACGACUUGGGAUAACAGACAAACUGUUACGAUUUUUGAUCACAACACAAAUGCAGAUCUCAACCAGAGAUUUGAGACGCCCUUGGAUGAACUUGUAAAUCAAAAUACGGAACCCUCUGCUGACGUGAUACAAAUGAUUAUCGUGCUAUCAGCAUUGACCGAGUACACAAAAUAUACGUGUAAUUUAAAAGCAGAAAAACGUUUGGAUGAUACUUUCAUUUAUCAGACGAGAAGUUUUAACUUUAAAGUUCAUAAUAUCGGAAAGGUGCCCAUGAAAUUAGUAUGGAACUUUAUAAUAGAUGAUAAUUAUCCAGCGCGGAUAGAUAAAUAUGUACCCAGAGAAGAAAAUGAAAGUGCUAACGAAGAAGCCGGAGAAAAUGAUGAGCGGAAACCAGCUGAACAAAUUGUGAACAAAAAUGAUAAUCCGAGUAAAAUUACCUUAUUCAGCGAUAGCACGGGAAGGGAAAGUGUUGAUACGUGGUUCGAAGCCGACUUACCUUUCGUCAUAAAACCAGAGAGAGAAUGUCUCAAACCUAAUGAAAGUCGAGAGUUCAAAGUUACCUUCGCACCGCUAGAGGCAUUCCUUUUUAAUGUCCGACUUAAAAGUUCAAUAGAUAAUUUGGAUCCCUACGAUCAAAAUAUAUCAUGCAAGAUCCGAGCCAAGUCCUUAAUACCUUAUGUACAUCUUAAUAUCGAGGAGAGUGAUUAUAUAACGUCCGGCAGAAGGAAAAAAACUGGUGUGGCGCUGCCCCCUCACAUUAAUGUACUUGAAUUUAACGUGCUCGGUUCCGGUUGUUACAAAAAAGCUUUCAAUAUAAUAAAUCCUACAUGCGAAGGUUACGAGUUCAUAUUCGAAAUGGUGAUGUCUGACAAGCCUGAUCUGAUUCCUAUGCAUUGCAACAUGCUGAAAGGUUACGUUGAAGGAGGUACCAGUACGGAAGUCGUGUUUACCUUCUCACCAACAGCACCUGGGACAUACGAGUCCCAAUGGAAAUUCAUAAUACCAGUUCAUUCGUUGGUUAUGAAUCUCCUGGUGGUGGGAAUCGUCCACGAGCCAGACGUCAUGUUUGUACCAACUAUUCUUAUCAUAAGGAACUCUUUGGUUGGAUUUACGACGACGCAUACGGUAGUUUUAAAAAAUACAGAAAAUGAAAGUUUGAAUUACGAAUUCAAAGGAAACUCGCUAUGUAACGAAUCGGGUAAAACACCAGUCGUUGUGGAACCAGAAGUAGGUGUAUUGAGACCUAGAUCGGAAACUCCUGUUAAAAUAAUCUACACUCCAAUUCAAGACGGACCACUCUCCUUCAAAAUAUUUUGCAGUGUGACGUACUUAACUAAACUUAUAACAUUGUGUGUGAACGCUCUGAGUUACUCUAUAAAGCCGAAGGUCACGUAUUAUUUGAUUGGGAACGAUCACAUUCUGCAAAGUGAUGCAAUCACUAAUAUUCACUUGGAUCAGACCGCUUCGACAUACGAGAGAACUAUCCCCUUCACAAUAAAGAAUGAUGGGUCUGCGACGUUCUUUUUCGACUGGCGUUACAACACCAGCGGCGUGAGGAAAUACCUCAACAUGUAUGUGGAGCCGAGCAGCGGCCACGUGACGCCGGCCGCGGAGGUCGACUGUAUUCUUCACUUUACCCUCAAAAAAGUACCCGUCCAGUCAUUCCCUGUUAAGCUUUUUAUUCCUGAUGGUCCCGAGUACAUGAUAUACCUUCACGCAGAAAUUAAAAAACCUUCAUAUAGUUUUUCGUGUAUGGAAUAUGAUUUUGGUCGAUGUAUCGUCAAUGCUCCAGAUUCAACUUAUAAGAAAAAUUUAGGUGUUUAUAACAAUGACAGCGAACCUAUUACUGUUGAUCUAAAUUUCUCCAACGUCCCUGAACUGUUUGUGAGCUACAAUCGUGAGAGUAGUAUUGAACCCAAAAAUCGUUUGAAAAUAUCAGUAUUCUUCCGCCCUAAGCAAGUUAAGGAGUAUGAAUUCAAAUUGCAAUUUUGGGUGAAUUCAUUAUGCGAAGAAAUCGUAACGAUCAAAGGCGAAGGAAUUCCUCUUCUAUUCGAUCUUUAUGAAGGAUGUCAAAAGAGUUUUGAUUUAGGACCAGUUAAAGUAGGUGAAAAAAUUAUAAGACAGAUAGAAGUCAUGAAUCAUAGUAAGGUACCCAUUGAGGCCAGUUAUAUAUUUAGGGUCAUGCACCCAAAUGUCGAAGACACUACGAAGUCAGAAGGUACCAGUGUUUGUCUUGUACCCAGCGGUACCACUCUCCAAGCUGACGCUGGACCGUCUAGGGGCCAUAUGUUGCAACAGUAUAAACAUGACAAGAUCCAAGAGCAGAUAACUAUGGAUGUACAGAAUUCUUUAGCUUCUCUGAAAGUGAUACCCACAAAGUGUUUAAUAAAACCGUACAUGAAAGUGCCGUUAAAAAUUAUGUUUAAGCCAGUUGGGAUGAUAAGCGACCUCAACGUCCAGCUAAACAUGAAAGUAUUCGAGUUCGAGCGUCCUCUAGUGCGUCUGAGCGGAAGCGCCACUGGUAUGUCGCUGUGCUUCAGUCAGAAUUCACUGCAAUUCGGUCGCGUGCGCAAGCGCGGCUGUAAGAUACUCAAGGUCAUGCUGUUCAAUAAAGGCGACUUUGGGGCCAGAUUUUGGUGGCAGCCGUUAAUAUCAAACGAGUUCUUGAUAUCUCCUAUGCAUGGGAACAUAUCAGCACACACCAAUGUCACUUUUACAAUAACAUUUCGACCUGUCAAUCAUAAUCCUUUUAUUAAAGUUUGGGCAUCCUGUAAUAUUGAAAAUUAUAAACCGUUGGAGUUGGCUCUGUAUGCCACGUGUGUGGACACUGGCAACGUUCAAAUGAAAACUUUGUAUUUCGAAUGUCCGGUCAGAGAAAUCGACACACAGUACGUUGUUGUCACAAAUCCUUCGGAUGAUAUGUGGCUGGUUUUGUCGGAAGUGUCGGGUGGGCCUUUUGAAACGUUGAAGGAAUUUAAUGUAGAGCCGAAUUCAACUAUGGAUAUUCCAAUAUAUUUUAAACCAAAAACGGUUGGCAAACAUGAGAGCCAAGUGUUGUUCUCUCCACUGGGCGAGAGCGCGCUGUUUAUAACGCUGGUGGCCGCAGCAACGCAUCCUAAUCCUAACGGCAAUGUAAACAUCACAGUGUCGGCAAAAGAACUACACACUGAGCACCUGCUGGUGUAUAACAUUACAGAGUUUCCAGAAACAUACCUUGUUUCUACUGAAUUUGUCAAAAUAAGUCCGGACAAGUUUGAUGGUUAUUACGAAAUCAAACAUCCAGAAACAAUAAAAGUAUGGGGAGAAGCGUCUGCAACUUGUCGUUGGACAUUCGUGUGCUACGAGGAAUGUGAAAUUAUAGCAAAAGUAAUGUUCGUCAACGAGGACAGCCGUGAGUAUCAGUUCUACAACGUUGUUGUCUCCGUCACAGAGAGCAAAAUUGUGGACACGUUGACAUUUGUGUCCGCCGCGAGGGAGUCUAUGCGGAAAGAGCUCGUACUCAUAAAUCCACUGAGUGAAGAUGCCAAUUUUUCCAUAAGAUGUGACCACCUCGAAUGUCCAGACACGUUGCUUAUUACCAGAAAUUCGGAGGCAACACUCGUGAUGGUCUACUCGCCUCUUGUCGUGGGACAGGUCGAGGAUGUUUUGGAAGUUAGCAAUCCUUUGGUGGGGUCUUAUAUAUAUAAAGUGAUCCUUAAAUGUCUGCCUGCUAAGGUGAAGAACUUGGAGUUUACAACGUCUCUCGGCUCGUCUAUUCCUCUACGAUUACGAGUUCAAAAUAAGACUGACGUGAGAACUGAUUUCAUCGCAACGGUAUCCCAUCCGUCAAUAAUAACUGAAAAAGAUUACGAAUUGGGACCAUUUGAAAAGGGUAAAUUUCAGACUUGGUUCGAACCGACAGUACUUGGUGUUCAGAAUUGCAAAGUUUCCUUUAAUUCUCCUGUGGCGGGGGAAUUUGUCUUUAACAUCAAGGGCAAAGCUUUAGAGCCCAAACCACAAGGUCCGUUUGAAAUAAAAUCAGGUGGAUCGGUUGUGAUUACAUUUAAAAAUGUCUUCGAAGACGUAAGAAUGUUUAAGAUCUACGUCGAUCGCGAGGAGUUCUACGUCAGAACGCUUUAUGAACCUGUGAAAUCUAAAACUGAACUAAGUAUACCUGUCUUUUUCAACCCUGGGACGUCACGAACUUCGACGUCAACUCUCACCGGCUGUCUGACUGUGGAGACCUAUGAUCCCCCGGAGCCUCGGGUUCAAUGGACAUACUUUCUCGAGGGAAUCCUUUAGUUUUACUAUUUAUACAUAUUUAAUUUAGAGAAUUUUACUUUUUUUUUAGAAAAAGAAAAUUAAAUAAAACCAUUGUCGCAUA